AUGGAACAAGUAUUCACUACCGCUGACAAAUUGUCAGAAGUGAUUAGAAAUAUGCAGAAAUGCUUGCAAUGCAUAAUCUGUCUGCAUACUAUAACCAAUCCAAUAAAAACUAUUUGUGGACAUCGAUUUUGUCGUGAAUGCAUUCUAAAAGUGUUGAAAACUGAAAAUACACUCUGUCCACUUUGCAACAAUACUUUACAGCGUCGCAGUAUUUACACGGACGAACAAAUGGUGAUGUACAUCGAUCGAUUCCAGGAUUUGAUAAAUGGAAUUAAGCUUGACUCAGGCAUCGACAUAUUGUCCAAUUUAUCGAAACCGUACAACGCACGAGGGACUCGCAACUCAGAUGACAACGAAUACAACAAAUUCGAUGACGAGGAUGGGAUCAAACCGAGCUGCUCGUACGCCAAGCACAACGCACAAUGGAAACAACUGGAUCUUCGGUCGAAUUUAAGCACAAGGCUUGAAAGAAAACCCAGGAGUCAGAGAAGUAAAAGAAAGACCGAGCCGCGAAAAAUCACGAACACCAUCACGAAGUACAUAUCCGCGUGUGGCCUCUCUGGCAUAGAACCGUUAGGUCCCGACGAGUUGAGCGAAAAUUCAAACGAUAAAUCCACGACCAAAGUGCACGGCUGGUUAGAGACUUUACCGGAUAAUGAAAUGUUAGACGAUCCUACUAAUAUGGCAAAUGUCGAAUCUACAGAGGUCAAUUUGGACGACACCCUGCCCAUCUCAGUGUCCCAAAAUGUUGCGAAUAUGGAGACGGAGAACGUGGAUAAAGUCAACGAACUCUCUGUCGAAGCAGUAAUGCUAAGUAAUGCUCGGCAAUCCAUGAUUAAACAGUUACCCGAGAGUUCUUCUAGGAACGAAAAUAACUCGACUGGUAGAAGGGAUAGCAAGGAGUCCUCUAAUACGGAGAUUGUGCAGAAUUACUCGUCAAGGAUGGAUUGCGAGACGGAGAAUGCUAAACCAGGCCCACCAGCAGUGACGAAGUCGAAAGACAACGAGAAAGAGAAGAGCGAUGAUAAAUGCAACGAUGUGCAUAGAACGUCACCCUGCGACAUGUUGUCUACCAUGCAGCAGAACUGGUCCAUGGUGGCUAAGUUUGGCAAGGAGAUGCGCACGAAGAGGAAGAAAUUAAAGACGUUGAACGUGAGUAUCGAGAACAAGAGGAAACCUCGACCGUUGGAUGAACCAGGGGCAGAGCUGGACGAAUGUGAAGUUAGGUCGAAAGUGAUGGAUGGCACAGGGAGAAAACGAAGAAGAGGGAGUACCAAAUCGAAGAUGGCUAAGUACAUUGCGAAGGCUGUUGUGCACGAAGGAUUCAUGGAAGGCAGGGAACGAGCAGGAAAAAUGGAAGAAGUUCGCGUGAGAAAAGGGUCCCCGAGUAAAGAGAGGGACAGAUCGGUGUCAGGGGAAGAUCAGCAGAAGGACAAAUCCUUUAUCUCGCUGAAAGACGACGAGCCGAAGCACGUGGAGUAUCUGGAGGGUCAGAUCAACGACAUUAUCGGUGUCACGAGCAGCGAUCGACGAGCAGGCACGAAGAAAGAUGUGGCUAAUAAUCGCGAGGAAAUAACGAUUGGUAAAAAGGGACACGUUGAAGCGUCCGACUUGGAUCUUUGCGAUCGAUUAGAAAUGCCUCUCCAAAUGAUUUCAGCUAAAUUAAGUGGUCGUGGAGAUUGGGAGAGUCUGGUUGGAGAAUUGAAUAGUAAGGUAGACGGUGGACCUACAACUCCAACGAAGGGGAUCGAUGAAUCUCAUUCCAUGUCGAAAACUUCCUUGGCAAUUCGUGGAAGAUUGUCUCUGAAGAGACCGACUACCGAUGCUAAAUCGAACGAUGCUGUCAAUUCGAACGUUGUCUCGCGGCAGCAGGUUAGACGCGAUCUGAGUCAUCAGAUCGAUCAGGAUGAAGGAAACGACGACGUUGGUGAGAAGAGCGUGGAGGGAGUGUCUAAAAUAAAAAGACGUAAGUCUUCUGCAGGUGAUAAACAAGAUAGUAGUCGAGACAGUAACUCGACCGUUGUUUCAGAGCUUACUCGUAGCAGGAUAGAGAAGGAAAAGCACAAUAUGUCUUUGGUCACGUUCAGAAAAUUAGGGAAAACGUAUAAGCAACGCAAGAAACUGGUUAACUUCUUAUACCUGGGCACAACUAAACGGAAUGCGACGUUUUACAACAAUUACCUUGCGUACAACAUGCAAAAACCUUGUAAUCUUAUUGAUAUAUUUGAUAGUCAGGUGUUCGGGAAUGAUCAUGCAUCUGAAAGUGGUUUUGGGAAUCGAGCACGGAUCACAGUGAACCCGACACCGUCAACGUGUGACCUGGAGAUUGAAAAUGUGCCCAAGAAGGAAAUAGACUCUGAAUUAGAAAUGGAAGGUUCAACUAAAGACAUAGAACUCGAGGAUCCAUUCGAUGCGCAGAUUCAACAAAAUCCACCGAAAGAAAAGGUCUCAGUUAAAAAGACCAUCCACGUCGCAAAUAACCCUCAGGAUCCGUAUGUGCUUUUCCUAUCCGCGAACGAAAACGAAGAGUCAAUUCCACCGGCUGUCCAACGUCCCAAUACGUCUAAUAAUGCGUCCGAGGGUGACGUGAAGAUGUUGACGCCGACAAAAGACUCCCAACUGCAAUUUCUCUCUCUAGAAUCCCCUCCAAUGGACACCCUUAAGACCCAGAAGCUGAUGCACGAACCUGAACUCGCCACAGACGGUACUUCCAAAAGGAAAAGCGUCCUUCCACCUGACUCAGAGGUAUUGCAGGAAUUUCCUGAUUGUACGUCAAGUAAAAAAAGGAGGAGAUCAAACACUCGAGGGACGUUCUCUCGUAGAAUAAGCAAGGACGACGAGGUGGAUGAUAGUGUUUCCAAUCACAGCUUCUCGUCGCAAGUCACGUGCAUCAGCAAAAAAGCCAUCGCUAAGAAGAACAGUCUAAUCGAAAUGUAUCAGUCGUCCAAUCCCAGUACCAAGGACAUCGAAGCCGUAUCGUUGAGCUCCGAUACAGGCAUCGAGGAUAACGAAGAAACAGACCAGAGAAAGGUGUAUAAGAGGAUCGUGCCAUUAGCCGCUUCAGACACCGACUCCAACGACGUUGUUUGCGUAAACAACCAAUCUAACGAUCAUCCAGCUGUCUCCUCGUCGACCAAGCGGAAACGAUGCAUGUCAUUCGACUCGGAGAGCGAGUCAGGCCUGAACGAGAUUCUGAGCAACUGGUAUGCGGAAGCGAGGCUCGAGGAUCAGUGCAAAAAGAAAGGCAAACUGGAUCGCGCUUGUGAUUCCUCUAAUUCGAUGAACGCGUCUCGUGCUGCUAGAAACGACUCCUCGUCGGAAGCUUGCUCGUCAAGUCGUGACGAAUCGCCUAACAAGCUGUCUACCCAGCAGCGUAGAAAUCCUCUCGAGCCCGCUGGUAAAUCUGGCAUCGAGAAAUCCAGUUUGCCCAGAGCCAGGUGGAGGAAGAAUAUAGAGGACAUGAGGGCACCAGUUGGCGAUGAGGAUUCGCCUGAUUUUUGCGCGACGAUCGAUCAGAUGAAGAAUAUCCGGAACAAGAUGAUUGUAUCUGACGAGGGACAAGAGAUCGCGAGGGAAGAGAGCCUCAUGCAGGAUAAUCUGGACGAUAUCUUUGCGAAUGUGAACACUGACGUGCUGGUUGACGACUAUACCUGUGAGAAAGGAGGGAAAUGUAAAGCUCAAUCAGCCGAGUAUGAGAGGGAUAUUAAGCAGAAAAGAUUGGACGUGGAAAAUGUUUCUUUGUCGAGCGAGGAACUCGCACCUAUAUGUUCUAAUAGCUCUAAUAAAGAGAAUAAGAGCAUUGAUACCGAUGUACACUGUGUUAGCGACGAGGACGACAAAACUUUGCUUUCAACGUCGACAAACGUGUCUAAUAAGAGCGCAAUGAGUGAUAAGCUUCAGGAUAAAAUUAAGCCAGUUGGGGCCAGUAGAGAGUCGACGAAAAUGAACAAGUCGUUGCACAAUUCAAUCAUUUUCUCUAAGUGCACUAAGCUUUCAAUUCCUGCUAACGAUUCUUACGUUAAAGACACGUACGACAUGGAUUCUCUAAUGGAUAUCACACAGCGUGACAUGUUGCUUAGGCAAUUCGAGCAGGAUCUCUUUGAAAAACCUAAAAGUAACUCUUCUUCGAAGAAGCAGCAAAAGACUCCACAGAAAUCAAGAAGGGAUAAAGAGUGUUCGAAACAGGAAACAGAGGACGUCGAACACUCGGGUGAAGAAGACGACAUUGUCGAGAACACUCCUGACACAAAGACGAAAAACAUGCAAGCGUUCACUUCGCCACCAGGGAGCUCGAUAGCAUCGUCAAUCUCGAAGAUCACCGUACGACCAUUCUUAGGCAAGAGCCCGUCGUCGUCGACGGGGAAGAGGUCGGUCAGCAUCGGAAUGCCCGGCUGCAAGAGAAACAUCCAGCCCCUUUACCAGAGUACCCCUAAAUCGCAGAAGUCUACCAUGUUCAGUACCAACUGCUUGAGCCGAAAGUCUCUUCUCGUCGCGAAUGAAUCGUCGAGCAAACAAACGAGGAGGAACAUCGUUCGGGAGAACAUCGAUCAGAGCGUUAAGAACGCUCAGAAUGUCGGCAGACAGAGGUUAUGUUUCGUUUGCAGCUGUCUGCCGCAGUUCGAGAGGACAGAGGUGAGGAGAUUAGCGGAAAUGUUCAACGGGAGAUACGUGGCGCAGUUUGAUCGCGACGUGACGCACGUGAUCGUGAAAGCGGACACGGGGAACAACGGGGCGAACAACACGUUGAAAUACCUGCAGGGUAUCGCCCAUCGUAAAUGGAUCGUGACUUACGAGUGGGUGGUGAACUCGCUGCGAGAGCGCAGGUUGGUGAACGAGGAACCCUACGAGGCUGUGGACUCUAGAACUCUCGAGGCUGGCCCUCGCAGGUCGCGGCUCAGCGAGAAGCGCCUGUUUGAAGGGUUUAUGUUCCUCUGCAUAGGACCCUAUUCGGACGUGUCUGUGGAACAGUAUAGGGACUUGGUACGCGCUGCGGGUGCCACUGUGGUCGAAUCGUUAGACGCUCUAGCCGCUGAGAAGAACAUGCUGAAGAUCAUCGUCAUCCAGACAGACAUUUACGAGUAUGAAAUUAUCGCAGAAUGGUUCAAGAAAGCUCAGGCCGUAGCAAUUGUCCACGACUGGGUAGUAGAGUGUAUCAGUCAGUAUCAAUUGAUAUCGUUCUUUCCAUACAUGCAGGAACUGACACGUCAUGAUGUUCUAUCACUCGGUUACCCAGAAAACCUCGUCGAAGAGCUUGAAGGAGAGUCUGAAAGCACGUGCGACAUUACGUCGUGAUACUCAAUGAGGGUUCAUCGCCUUCAACCUAACGCUCGAGCAUUACUCACUCCUGCUAAUUUGUUCGAUUUAUCCCCC